AUGAACGCGGAAAAAGUCGACAUGGUGACGGAGGUGAUUAACGACACUCUGCGGGAUCUGUUGAAACCGUGGAACAAACCGUUCAGGUGGGUAGAAACCAGGGCCGGCGUGAGCCGAUAUAAACAGCUGCUGAUCAUGGUGAUCGGCGUGUCGUUUUUGCUGUUAUUUGUUUGGGUAAAGACUGCCAUGGUGAUCAGUAACGUGAUAGGUUUUGCGUUCCCGGCCUACAUGACGAUUGCGCUGAUGAUGUUGCCCCGGAAGCCGGAAUCGUACGCGAAGUCCUCGGCCGUAGCCAUCAACAAAUGGCUGGUCUAUUGGCCCGCGUUCGUCGCCAUCAUGAUCGUGGAACAGCACUUAGGAUUCAUACUCAGAUUCGUGCCAUUCUACCUGCUGUUCAAAACGUUAUUCCUCGUCUGGUGUACCGCACCCUUCAAGAACGGCGUGGCGAUACAGCAUACGAAACAGAGCCCACAUUUAGAAAAAUACUACGACUAG